CUUAAAUCUGCAUUUGUCGUCUGUGGUGCUUAUAACCUAAAAAUUUAUCCGUGCCUAAAAGUAAAAACUUUAAUCAAAAAUAUUAAUAAAUUUGCUAAAAGUACUAAAUCUAUGCAUAGUAAAUUAGGCCAACUAAUUAAAAUUAUAUUAAAUUAAAUCUCGGUUUAACAAUAUGACAUUUGCAUUAAACGUAAUACGUUCCGUUAUUAACAGAGCAAUUUUUGCCGAUCUAAGAACAAUCCGCUUCGUUUCUGACCAAGCUGAUGAAUCUGAAGAACAGCAGAAACCAAUUGACCCUUCUAAAGAUAGAACAAAAGUUAUACCUGUUGAAACUAGUAUGAGAUACAUGGACAGUAAAGCUUUUAAACAAACUUACGGAGAUAAUCCAGUUUGGUAUUUAUAUAGACGCAAUCAUAGGGGUGGAUUUGCUCCAAGAAAGACUAGAAAAUCGUGCGUUCGCAAUGGGAUUAUAUCGACCGGUAACCCUUGUCCCAUUUGUCGUGAUGAGUACCUUAUAUUAGAUCCGAGAAACACAAAACUUCUGGAGCAGUUCAUAUCGGAAUAUACAGGCCAGAUUUUGGAUGCAUUCAAAACUGGCCUUUGCCAAAAGAAACACAAAGAAUUGUUGGUGGCGAUUGAACAAGCCUGGGACCAGGGACACUUGACAUACAGUGUACCAUUCAGGGAAUAUAACUACUCCCUCUACAACAAAAAUGUUGAAGCUAAUUAAAACAUGUACAACAAUAUGAUCAGUAAUAGUUUAUUAAAAUAUUAUUAGUUAGAAAAGUUAAA